GUUUAUGGUAGACACAGCUUGUUCGCACAUUUUCCAAUUUUACCACUAGUUAUGAACGCAACAUGAGUUUCUACAUCCCCCUCUCUUGUUAAAUAAAAGUGCCACCACUGAAAUACGCCUGUUACUUCCUGCCUCGUUGGGUGUUUGUCUGUCUUUUUCGAAACCAUCAUAGAGCAUUUUCAUUUAAUGCAAGAUAUUGGACCUGUUUCCCAACCCAGAGUACCACUGCACACCUGCCUGUCUACCAGCCCAGAUCAGCCCACAGUACCACUGCUGUUCACCUGCUUGUCUAUCUGUCCACGAUGAAGCUCAUCUUGACUCUCUCUCUCAUCUGCAUUCACUUCUGCUCAGUUGAGAUGCUGCAGUGUUUCAACUGUACUGAUGCAGCAUGUACAAACUCUUCUUUAGUUACCUGUCCAUCCUCAAAUGAAAGAUGUCUCACUGCAACCAGAACCAUACAAGGUCCCGAUAAUACCACCGUGGUACUCAAAAUGUGUUCACCAUCCUCCAUCUGUGUAACUCCUCUUAACACUGAAGUCACAGUGUCAGGGAACUUGGGCAUCAUAAGGGCUGCCUCUAACCAGCUCUGCUGUAACACCAAUGGGUGCAACAAGGAAACUCUGUCUGCCCCGAGUUCACUGGCUAACGGAAGACAAUGUACCUCUUACAGCAGCUUCCAAGGCGUUGUGCAUAACAGCACUGUGGCCUGCCUGGGGGUGGAGGACCAGUGCUUGAGCUUCAGCGGCAAUGGUGACUUGUUUUGUUGUUCAUGAUACAAAAACUCAUCACAUUUGUGCAACUAUAGAUCAGGUGUUCCCCCCCAAAAAAUGUAAAAUGCUAUGUGAGAUAGCCUAUAUCAAUCAAAUGUACACUGCUAAAAAAAAUAAAGGGAACAC